GCAGUGUCUGCCGGGUCGAGAGCGCGCACGAAUCGUAGUAUAUUUCGGGGUCAAUGGUUGGUAAAAUGCACGAGCACGCGGCGGCGACUGUUUGCGAUACCGGAAAAUCUGCGUUCCUUUUGCUCGAGGAUGGAUCGGUCUUCCCGGGAAGACAAUUCGGCGCGAAGAGGCCGGUCGACGGUGAAAUAGUGUUUCAGACCGGUAUGGUGGGUUACCCGGAGUCACUUACAGAUCCUUCCUAUCAUGCGCAAAUUCUAGUGCUCACGUAUCCGCUGAUCGGAAAUUACGGUGUGUUUGGAAACGAGGUCGACGAAAACAAAAUCCCAUACUGGUUCGAAUCUCAUCGGAUAUGGGCCACGGGUCUGGUGGUCGGCGAGGUUUGCGAGACACCGAGUCAUUGGCGACAAACGAAAACUCUUUCCGAAUGGAUGAAGGAGCAGAACGUUCCUGGAAUAUACGAAGUGGACACCAGAGCCUUGACAAAAGUUAUCCGCGAGAAGGGCACGAUAUUAGGCCGAAUUCUUUUCGAUCCGCCAGUUGUGAAUCCUCCAGCGUCUCUGGUUCCACCGAUAGCAGAUCCAAACAAGAGAAACCUGGUGGCGGAAGUUGUUCAGCCCGAGAGAAAGACGUACAAUCCAAAUGGUCAUCCUCGUGUGUGCGUGGUCGACUGUGGCCUAAAGUACAAUCAGUUGAGAUGCUUGAUCGGACGAGGUGCUCGGGUAGACGUCGUUCCGUGGAAUCACGAUCUGAGCAUGGUCGAGUACGACGGUCUGUUUCUCAGCAAUGGACCAGGCGAUCCGAGCAUGUGCGAAACCACGGUGAAAAGUGUUCGGUCGGUUCUCGAAGCACGGUCAACGAAACCGAUUUUCGGUAUAUGUCUGGGUCAUCAGUUACUCUGCAUCGCCGCCGGUUGCGUUACGUAUAAGAUGAAUUACGGAAAUCGUGGCCACAAUCAGCCCGUCACGCAUCACGGGACCGGACGCUGUUACAUGACCUCGCAGAACCACGGAUUCGCGGUCGACGCCGGUCGAUUGCCGGCCGAUUGGGAACCCCUCUUCACGAACGCGAACGACGACAGCAACGAGGGAGUUUUGCACUCAUCGUUACCUUAUUUCUCGGUUCAGUUCCAUCCGGAACACACAGCCGGCCCCGAAGACCUGGAAUGUUUGUUCGACGUGUUUUUAGAGGCUGUCAAAGACGAGACUGCUGGAAAACCACGGAUUUCCAUCAAGGAGAGAUUGAAUAGAAAGUUGAGCUUCGUCGACGUUAACCCCACCGUCCCGAGCCGUCCAAAAAAGGUGCUAAUCCUGGGAUCGGGUGGACUGAGCAUCGGCCAAGCCGGCGAAUUCGAUUACUCUGGAUCGCAAGCGAUCAAAGCGUUACGGGAGGAAAGCGUGCAAACGCUUCUGAUCAAUCCCAAUAUCGCGACCGUACAGACCUCGAAAGGCAUGGCGGACAAAGUGUACUUUUUGCCGAUUAUACCGGAAUACGUGGAACAGGUGAUACGAUCGGAGCGUCCCGAUGGUGUGCUCUUGACCUUCGGGGGACAAACUGCUCUCAAUUGCGGCGUCGAGCUCGAAAAGAACGGAGUAUUCGAGAAGUAUAACGUGAAAAUUUUAGGGACGCCUAUACAAUCUGUGAUAGAAACCGAGGACAGAAAGAUGUUCGCCGAUCGCAUCGGUGAGAUCGGUGAAAAGGUCGCGCCAAGCGCCGCGGUAUAUUCGAUCCAGGAAGCGUUGGACGCUGCCGAAGAGCUGGUCUAUCCCGUCAUGGCCAGAGCCGCGUUUUCUCUCGGUGGUUUGGGCUCCGGAUUCGCGAACUCGAAGGAAGAGUUGAGGAUUCUCGCGCAACAAGCGCUCGCUCACUCGAACCAGCUGAUAAUCGACAAAUCGUUGAAGGGUUGGAAAGAAAUCGAAUACGAGGUGGUCCGUGACGCUUACGACAAUUGCAUCACGGUCUGUAACAUGGAGAACGUCGAUCCUCUCGGGAUCCAUACCGGUGAAUCGAUCGUCGUCGCUCCCAGUCAGACAUUGUCCAACAAAGAGUACAAUAUGCUUAGGACCACAGCGAUAAACGUGAUCAGACGUUUCGGUAUCGUCGGCGAAUGUAAUAUCCAGUACGCGUUGAAUCCAAACACCGAAGAAUAUUACAUUAUCGAAGUGAACGCGAGAUUGUCGCGAAGUUCGGCUCUGGCGAGCAAAGCGACCGGCUAUCCGCUCGCUUACGUGGCAGCCAAACUGGCAUUGGGUAUUCGACUACCGGAUAUCCAUAACUCCGUCACAGGGAAGACUACGGCAUGCUUCGAGCCCAGUCUAGACUAUUGUGUCGUCAAGAUACCACGAUGGGAUCUCGGGAAAUUUCUUCGAGUCAGCACAGAGAUCGGUAGCUCGAUGAAGAGCGUGGGCGAGGUGAUGGCGAUCGGACGAAAAUUCGAGGAGGCUUUUCAAAAAGCUCUGAGAAUGGUCGACGAGAGUAUCAACGGUUUCGAUCCAUACGUGAAAGCUCCGAACGCCGAGGAAUUGGAAAAACCAACGGACAAGAGAAUGUUCGUUCUCGCUGCUUCCGUAAAGGCUGGAUACACGAUCGAUCGAUUGUACGAGCUGACCAAGAUCGAUCGAUGGUUUCUCCACAAAAUGAAAAACAUCAUCGACUACUAUUCCGUCCUGGAGAACGUGGAUCACACGAAAUUGUCGCACGAUGUACUGCUGCGCGCGAAACAAAUUGGAUUCUCGGACAAACAAAUCGCCGCGGUGGUGAAGAGCUCGGAACUGGCCGUAAGAAUUCAACGGCAGGAAAGCAACAUUCGCCCAAUGGUGAAGCAGAUAGACACAGUGGCCGCCGAGUGGCCGGCCACUACGAAUUAUCUUUAUUUGACAUACAACGGUACUGUACACGACAUGGAAUUUCCUGGCGGUUACACGAUGGUCAUCGGUUCCGGGGUGUAUCGAAUCGGAAGCUCCGUGGAAUUCGAUUGGUGCGCGGUUAGUUGUCUACGUGAAUUACGUAAUUUAGGCAGGAAAACGAUCAUGGUCAAUUAUAAUCCGGAAACAGUCAGCACCGACUACGACAUGAGCGAUCGACUAUACUUCGAGGAGAUAUCGUUCGAAGUCGUGAUGGAUAUCUACGACCACGAAUGUCCAGAGGGUAUCAUAUUGUCGAUGGGUGGCCAGCUACCGAACAAUAUCGCGAUGGAUCUUCAUAGGCAGCAAGCGAGAAUUCUCGGGACCUCGCCAGAAUCCGUGGACGGUGCCGAGAAUCGGUUCAAAUUUUCUCGGAUGCUGGAUGGCAUUGGUAUUUCGCAGCCCAGAUGGAAGGAACUGACCAAUUUGAAAUCUGCCAUCGAGUUCUGCGACGAAGUCGGUUAUCCCUGCUUGGUACGGCCUUCUUACGUAUUGAGUGGAGCUGCUAUGAACGUGGCGCACUCGGACCAGGAUCUCGAGUCGUAUUUAAAGAGCGCCAGCGAGGUGAACAAAGAGCAUCCGGUGGUCAUCUCGAAAUUCAUUCUCGAAGCUAAAGAAAUAGACGUGGACGCCGUUGCGUAUGACGGGGUUAUUCUUUGCAUGGCCGUGUCGGAGCACGUGGAGAACGCGGGUGUUCAUUCAGGAGACGCUACGUUGGUCACGCCGCCCCAGGACAUUAACGACGAAACAUUGACGAAAAUCAAAGUGAUAUCAAAGGCCGUGGCCGCGUCUCUAGGUGUAACUGGACCCUUCAACAUGCAACUGAUCGCCAAGGACAACGAGCUAAAGGUGAUCGAAUGCAACGUCAGAGUGUCGAGGUCCUUUCCUUUCGUAUCAAAGACGCUGGAUCACGAUUUCGUUGCUAUGGCCACUCGACUGAUAAUCGGGGAACCCGUCGAUCCUGUCGACGUUUUCGCCGGAUGCGGCAAAGUCGGCGUCAAAGUACCGCAGUUCUCUUUCUCGCGGCUUGCCGGCGCCGACGUGAUGUUGGGAGUGGAGAUGGUCUCCACCGGUGAAGUCGCUUGUUUCGGGGACAACCGAUACGAGGCUUAUCUGAAAGGAAUGAUGAGCACCGGCUUUCAUAUACCGCAAAAGGGAAUCUUACUAUCUGUCGGAAGUUUCAAGCAUAAAAUGGAGUUGUUACCAUCUAUUUGCACUCUUCAUAAGAUGGGAUACAAAUUGUGCGCCAGCAUGGGAACCGCGGAUUUUUACACCGAACAUGGAGUCGAGGUUGAACCGGUACAAUGGACGUUCGAGAAUAUCGCCGUGAACGAAAAUUCGAGUCCGAGCGAACUUCGUCACCUGGCCGAUUUCCUCUCGAAGAAACAAUUCGAUCUCAUAAUCAAUUUACCGAUGAGGAACGGUGGCGUACGACGGGUUUCGAACUUCAUGACACACGGAUAUCGUACGAGAAGAUUAGCGGUCGAUUAUUCCGUUCCCUUAAUCACAGACGUUAAAUGCGUGAAACUACUCGUCGAAGCCAUGAGAAUGCUCAGAGGCCGAGCGCCUCGUAUGAAGACCCACACAGACUGCGCGUCUUCGAGAAGAAUGAUCAAGCUUCCUGGUUUUAUCGACGUUCACGUGCACUCGCGCGAUCCUGGCGCGAUUUACAAGGAGGAUUUCGCUUCCUGCACCGCUGCCGCGCUCGCCGGCGGUGUCACGAUGAUUUUCACGAUGCCCAACACGAAUCCAGCGAUCGUCGAUCAUCAAUCGUUCGUUUUAGCCAAAGAGCGAGCCUCGAGCAAUGCUAGAUGCGACUACGCGCUCUUCGUCGGCGCUUCGUCCGAAAAUUACAGUGUAACGCCGGAAUUGGCACCGCUCGCAGCGGGCCUGAAAAUGUACCUGAAUGAGACAUUUACGACACUUCGACUGAAAGAUCUUACCGUAUGGAUCAAGCACUUCCAAAGCUGGCCAAAGAAGUAUCCUCUUUGCGUACACGCCGAGGGCCAAACGACAGCCGCGGUUCUCCUGCUGGCUGAUCUGCAUAACCGUCCUAUCCACGUGUGUCAUGUAGCUCGGAAGGAAGAGAUUCAAAUCAUCCGCGCCGCUAAAAUUAAGGGAAUGGCGGUUACCUGCGAGGUUUGUCCCCAUCAUUUAUUCCUCUGCGAGGAUGAUUUAGAACGUAUUGGUCAUGGACGUGGUCAAGUGAGACCGAUCUUGGGAACCAAGGAGGAUCAGCAAGCCCUCUGGGAAAAUUUGGAUGUGAUCGAUUGCUUCGCGACAGAUCACGCACCGCACACGGUACAAGAGAAAUCCAGCGAGAAACCACCCCCCGGAUUUCCUGGCCUCGAGACCAUGCUUCCACUUUUGCUCACAGCCGUUCACGAGGGAAAAUUAACGAUAGAGGAUAUAGUGGACAAGCUGUAUAAGAAUCCAAAAAAGAUUUUCAAUAUACCGGAUCAGCCGAACACAUAUAUCGAAGUCGAUCUCGACGACGAGUGGGUUAUCCCGGAGGCAAUGCCUUUCAGUAAAUCGAAAUGGACUCCGUUCAUCGGUAUGAAAGUUCGUGGAUCCGUUCACAGAGUGGUUCUCAGGGGAGAAGUCGCUUACGUCGAAGGGCAAAUCUUGGUGCCACCUGGCUUCGGGCAGGAUGUCAGGGAACUUCAAGCGAAAAUGAAACAUCAAAUUCCGAUCAUUGCGCCGGUAAUCGAAGUUUCCAGUCGACCGAACUCGGCACUCGACGGUAUGCUGUCACCGAAUCACGAGAAAUAUAACAAUUACUCCGAUCGGAUCGCGGACAUGUCGGAGGAGGAACAAAAUGACUCAUACGCGCAUCUAUUGCAACCAGCGUCGCAGAAGUCGAAUGACAGUACCGCGAUAAAGUACAAGAGCGACAGCAAUCCUAAUCUCUUCGUGACUCCCGUCGCCCCGAUACCACCCGUCCACACCAGCCACAGUUUGAUCGGACACAAUAUUCUGUCCGUGGACAUAUUCAACAAAGAGAUCUUGAAGGACCUCUUUCACAUCGCGGAAUUCCUUCGUGGUGCUGUCAGAAAAGAUCGGCCCUUGGAUCAUAUUCUACGAGGAAAACUGAUGGCCUCGAUAUUCUACGAAGUUAGUACAAGAACUUCCUGCAGUUUCGCGGCGGCUAUGGAACGUCUUGGUGGUCGGGUGAUAUAUAUGGAUGGAUCCACGUCAUCGGUAAAAAAAGGAGAGACUCUAGAAGAUUCUGUCGCAGUGAUGGCCGGUUACGCGGACGUGGUAGUUCUUCGACAUCCCGAACCAGGCGCAGUUUCGAGAGCAGCACAACACUGUAGGAAACCCAUGCUAAACGCCGGCGACGGAGUUGGUGAACACCCAACCCAAGCGUUGCUCGAUAUCUUUACGAUACGAGACGAGAUCGGUACGGUGAACGGGCUCACGAUCACAAUGGUCGGCGACUUGAAGCACGGUAGAACGGUGCAUUCUCUCGCGAGGUUGUUGACCCUAUAUAAUGUGGAACUUCGCUACGUCUGCCCAUCUGGCCUUGGCAUGCCUGACCAUGUGGUGAAGUACGUGUCCGAACGUGGAAUCCCCCAGGAAAAGUUCUCCACCCUGGAGGGCGCUCUUCCCGACACUGACGUGCUUUAUAUGACGCGUAUUCAGAAGGAACGUUUCGUCACGCAGGAAGAAUAUCGACAGGUUUGCGGGCAUUUCGUGAUAACGCCGCAAUUAAUGUCUCGCGCUAAGAGAAAGAUGAUAGUGAUGCAUCCUCUGCCGCGCGUCUUCGAGAUCAGUCCGGACUUCGAUUCGGAUCCACGGGCCGCUUACUUUCGGCAAGCUGAAAACGGCGUUUACGUUCGAAUGGCUCUUCUGGAGAUGGUCCUUAGACGUUCGUGAUCGAAUUCGCAACAUUUCCGAUGCAAAAAAUAACGACCGAACGAUCGAUAGUAUCUUCAAUUAGACCCUGACACGUGUACAAUAUUUUUGCAUUCGAGCAAAGGAAAAACAAAGAAGUGAAAUUUUUCAGGGACGAAGAUGAAGCAACAUCAUUGCCCUCCGUGUGUAAAAAACUACAGCAACACGUUUUUACAGAACAUUCCACGCGGGAUCAUAUAUUUUUAUAAGCCAUUAUUUCUACGCGAGAAGGUUUAAAUGUUAUAGUAUAAUUUUUAAUUACUUCGAACAGGUGCCGAUAAACGAAGUGAUAUAACAAUUAUCGUUAACAUCAGUAUAUUUUUCAAUCUUUACAAACAAUAUAGAUUCGCGGACCAUCAACGUUAGACGCGCUCUAUCGAAUGAUUCACGAUAAAAUUCUUACUCCGAUAGAACGACAUUCCAGCAGCAGCUAAUCGUUACAAGGCCGAAGACGCAGACCAGAUAUUGUCGGAACUCUAAAGACUCGUUAUCAAUUUAAAGUGAUGCACAACCUUACCUACAAGUUUCACCACUCUGUUGAUAUAUUCACUUGUGGACUGCAGAAAAUAAAUAGGGUUCUUGAAAAAUUAUCCUGUGGGACUCGAACCUCCGUGAAAUGAAUAAUCUCUCCUGGUCUGUGCCGAAGAAAUGACUA